AUGCCUUCCGAUCAAUUGUAUAACGGUUACCCAUGGGGGCCAGCAGCAGCAUCAGCGGCGGCGGCGCCUACCUACGGUUCGCGUGUGUUGCCGCCGUUGCGACCAGCGUUGCCGGACGGUGUAGUGGCGGACUUACGUUGCGAAGUGUGUUGGGAGAUGAACGAGACAGGUACGGUGGUCUGUGUUGGAUGCAAGUUGCGUGUGCAUCCGCCCUGUUACGGUUGUGCGGCAUCGGCCGAGUUUACAUGUGCAGUAUGUUUAUACUGGCGCAACCUAGGUCUGACAUUGCCAGACCGAGAUCUUGUGUGUGUGCUAUGCAACCGACCCAAGGGCGCCCUGAAAAGCGGCGCAGAAGGACUAUGGGUCCACGUUGGUUGUGUUCUUUAUGCACAAGACGGACCCAGUUUCAGGAAUCAAAUGGCACGUGUCGGUCCGAGCAACAUACGAAAAGCUCUUGCCAAUCAGAACCGGAGCAGACACCAAUGCGAUGUGUGCUAUUCAGGAGAAGGUCACACCACGCAGUGCGCCUUCCCAGGCUGUCCGAAACAACUGCAUAUCAGUUGCGCCUUCGAAAAGCUCCUGAAACCUGGCGUCGUUCUAAUCUCAGCAAGAGUACCCGUCAAUAUGUUCGGAGGCGAAGCAGAGACAAAGACAGUAGAAAAAAUUAUUAAAGUCGUCACCUGCGAGCAACAUUCCAACACCAAUGCGCGCAAUGGCAUCGAGACUUACGAAACGCAGCAACUUCAAAAAACUGACCUCUCACGUCUCUGCCAACCCACUGCUUCAGCGCCUGUACAGGCCCCGGAAACAACCGCCUAUGCCAACUACUCCCAGUGGGGCUACGGAGCCGCGCCCCAAGGUUACUCCACCCCAGGCUACUCAGCCCAAGGAUAUGCCACUGCCGCACCCGGCUAUGCGCCCCAAGGCUACUCGGCCCAGGGAUAUGCCGCCCCGGGAUACCCCACCGCCGCACAAGGCUAUGCCGCACAGGGCUAUGCCCCACCCGGUCAGUACCCACCUUACUAUUACAACCCCGCCACGACCACGCCAGCCGCAGGAGUCGCGCCUACGGCCGCCGGUUUCCAAGCUGCCGGCUUCGGCAACUGGCUACCACACCAGUACGGCUACGCACAACACAUCCUUCAGCGCACACCACCCUUCUGGGGUCAGUAUGGCAUGCAACCGCCCGCGCAGCACCGCCCCGCCCCCGCGGCUGCCGCGCCCGCCCUUGUAGCGCGGGUGCGCACUACACAGGCCCCUGCGCCGGCGGCGGCGGCGCCGGCAGCGGCAGCGGCGGCUCCGGAGCCCAAGGCUCCGGAGCCAAAAACGGAGAAGAAGGGGAAGGGGAAGGUGAAGGUGAAGGCGGAGUCGCCGGCGGAGUCGAAGAAGAAGCGAGCGUCAACUGGUGCCCGCGGUGCGCAGAGCAACGCGGGUUCGCGGACACGCGAAAACGCAGGCGGGAAGGCGGGACGGAAGGGAGCCGCGCCGACGGCGACGAGUACGCGUUCUGCGCGCGGGAAACCGGAGGAAGAGUAUGUGGGAGGCCCGACGACGUUGCGUGGGGCGAAAGUGAAUUGGACGAGGCUGGAGCCAUUCAUGUCGGCAGUGCAAGGUGCGGGAGGGGAGCGGCUGCGUGCGUUGUUGGCUGCGUUAGAGGCCUGCACGCAAGCGACGCUUCAUCAGGCUGUGCGUUGGGGUUGGUUGGAGCAGGGUUUCGCGGCGCUCAGUGAAGCCGACCUUCGCCGGGUUUGGCAAAGCAAGUGUGCAGUGGAUCAGAGCCGGCCGAGCGUGCCCUUCAGCGUGCUGCUCAGCACCGAACUGAAGGGGUGCGCUAUCCAACACAUUUGGUCCUUCUGGGUGCAGAAGGACCAGGACUGCGAAGCCGUCGAUUUCAGUUUCGUUAACAACAAUGCCGCCCAGACCCUCCGAAGUAGGCCUGAUGUCCUGGUCGCAGAAAGCUUAGCCAAAGACGUCGAAAUGGACCUGGCCGCCGUAGACACUAUGACCGGCAGCCCAGGCGGCGAACCGCCUAGAACAACCCAACUCGACCUCUCGGACCACCCCUCCCAGGCGUCUCGUCCGGCCCAGGCAUCGGACGAGGCCCAGGUUCAGGCCCAGGUAUCUGGGACAAAUCAGGCGCAGGUGUCUCAAACCACUUACGGGUCGUCUUGGUCUGGACCGGCGGGCGGGGGUGUGUCUCGGGAGUUGUUCGUUCGUAACGCGGCUUCGGCGUUUGGAUGUUUAUUACGGCACACGUUGGAGGGUGUGGCAGAGGCGGAAGGUCGUGCGUUGGGUAUCGAGAUGUGUAGUUGGAAUGAGAUCAGCAGACUGGAGUGUUUAUUCAGUGGUGCGGCGACUCCCUUCUUUGUGUUGUUGCGUAAGGUACCUCCAGAGUUGUUUUCAACGGCCAAACAGACUCCAGCGGCGACGUCCAAGUAUUUGCAAGAGCGUGAGAAUGCGACAUUUUCUUUGGACCCAUGUUUGUUGAAGAAGACAGCGAGCACGACCAAGAAAUUAUUUCUUCAUGGGCGUUUCUGGGACUUGAACCCGCCUAUGCCACAAGCCGAUAGUCGGGCGCUACUACCUCCCAACUCGUAUACCGUCACGGUUUCGACCAACUUCUUCGGCCAGUCUGCGAACGCUGUGCCCGUCAGUGACGAGACCACACGCGAAUGGCUCACUGCAGCGCAACGUGUGCGACAAUUGCGCUCGCAACAGGCACUGGGUUAUGGCGCAGGAGAGGUGAGCUUAGAUUUCCAAAAGGCGGCGCGAGGUGAGGAGUUUGUAAAAUUGUUGAGUAGCGAGCAGUAUUGGCAUACACUGAUAUUCUCAGAUGACUUUGUUCAACGCCAAAUGGCGAGUCUGUUGAACGUCUGGGCCAAGAGACGUGCAAGGCAUGUCGCCCUGGUGCGUAAACUAACGCAUGUUGUAAAGGAGGAAACAAAGCAGCCGCGAUGGAUAGUUGACGACCCUGCGCGUUUGCAAACACUCUGUCACACCGCGACGGCCGCUAACCGCUGGUCUGCCCUCCGCUACUGGUUCCAGGCCGGACAUCAAGACCCCGCUCAGGCCCUCGUCGACAAGGUCCAGCUGGAACACGAGCAUCGACACCUUAUUAAAGACGGAGUUCCACCGGUGACUGGUGACCCGAAUGCGCCAGGUGCGACUUCUUCCAAGAUGUACUUUUGCAUGGCAUGCUUCGCCGCGGAUACGGAUACACUGAAUCCCCUAGCGGCGUGUCUACGGUGCGGCUGUCUAGCACACAACCACUGCUAUGCCGUCGGCGCACCUGGUCAACUCGAAGUGGAAAAUCACCCUUGGCUCUGCGAUCGCUGCACUUCUGACGGUGCCGAACCCAUUAGCAAGCACGGCAAACAAUACCCACCCCCACCUCCCGGCGCCUGCGCCGUCUGUCUCCAACUCGGUGGCUGUCUCAAAACCCUCGUCGUCGCUGGCAACGGUAACAACGUCACCGUUGGCAAUAACAACGCCUCUGGCCGAACCACUACCGGAAGGUGUUUUGUGCAUAUUACCUGCGCACUCUGGGUCAACCCGGUGAUAAGUUGCACCGACUGGGCGCAAUUGUCGGGGUUUACGCUCGAUCCGACGGCGCUGCGUAGCUCCAGCGCAGGACAGCACACCUGUGUGUUCUGUCAAAUUCCGGAACAUCGGGCGAGACGUGCGAAUGAAUGCACGCCAGAACGGCCGUUGAGCGAACGCGGAUUGACCGUGGGGUGUUUGGAACCUGGUUGCGAUGUCCGGUUUCAUCCAAUGUGUGUUUGGUUAGCGGGUUGCCGUGUGGUGGCGGAACCGGACUACACACGUUCUGUUAGUACGGAAGUGUUUCUACCGAGUCUCAGUUUCGCCGGGUUCUGCCCCGAUCACUCCACUUACCCCGGGCGUCUCGACGUGGCCGUUAUUGCCACACACCGCCAUCGUGCAUACUCCACGAAAACUGGACACUUCGCCGGUAAUGACGAAGCCGAACCGGAACGAGAACGUAUGCGCCAAGGUGAACGACAGGGCUCCAAACAACCAGGCCUGCGCAGCGAGACCCGACGACCCAGCAUCACCGAUCAGACCAACCCUGCUCACUGGCAGCCCGCCCCCGAACGCCUAGCUCCCGCCGACCUCUACCAGGCACACGUCUGCCAAGCCUGUCUCGGCCUCGUCCCAUCAUUAGGGUCCAACCCCGGCCUAGGGUCCGGCAACCCCUUAGGAUCCGCCCCCCCACUAAAAUCCGCCCCUUUAGGCCCCACCCCGCUGGUAUGUUGCGAAGGGUGCGAGCGAGUUCAGGUCCACGCCGGGCGUUGCGAAGAGGGUGUGCUGAAUACCGCACACCUGUGUGUGCAGUGUGCAGACGCGCGUGCGGAGAACCCGCCUGGUUGCGCUCUUUGUCCGCGCGCGGGGGGCGCCUUUCUCGCACUCGCGGACAGCGCCAGUUCUGCGGAUGGAGCAUGUGUGCACAAAUUCUGCGCACACGCGCUGCUCGGAGACGAACCCGUUUCGUGGAGCGCACUCCGUACAGCCGCCGCCGCCGCCGCAGACGCAGAUGCCUCCUGUCUCGUUUGCCAAACCCGCAACGGCCAUCUCCUUCGUUGUGCAGCAGACGGCUGCAACCGCGCUGCACACCCCCUUUGUGCCGCUCUCGCCCAGACGGGAAGACCUUCGGCGACGUCGACCACCGCCGGGACGGGGGGCACUGCUGGGACGGGGGGUACCGCUGGCAACCAAGAGAGAGAGGGCUGGACCUGCGCGACGCACGCCUUGUGGGCCCAGUUGCAGACGCUCAAGGCCGCCGCGGAUGCAGCGGUGCGCGAAGCGGACGUCGCUUCAGCGGCGGAUUGGAGCACACCUGAACGCAAACGUGCUAAACGCAAACGCCUCAUGCUCGUUGAAGGCAGCAGCGACGAAGGCUGA